CUAGCAGAAGAUGUCAUCGUUUGAUUUUCGUUUCGCGAUUACUGGUUACUUUGGUUUAUUGUUUAGUGAAUAAAGCGAUUAAAGUGAAAAGUAAAGAAAAAUUCAACCAAACACAAUAAUUUGAUCACAAACUUUCUUUAACGCUGAAGCUUUUCCGUACGUUUUUCUCCGUCAAAACAAAACACUAAACUAAAAAUGGGAAAAAGACAACAUCAAAAAGAUAAAAUGUACUUGACAAGUACAGAAUGGAGCACAUUGUAUGGUGGAAAGAAACCUGUCAAUCCUAAUAGUGCCAGUGCAUCUUUUCGUCGCCUUCCAUUCGACCAUUGUGCUUUGUCACUCCAACUUUUUGAGAAUCCCCUAUGUGACACUGAAGGUCAUGUUUUUGAUCUUCUUGCCAUAGUUCCUUACCUGAAGAAAUACAAAACAAAUCCAGUAACAGGAAAACCAUUGGAAAGCAAGCACCUUCUCAAACUGAAUUUCUACAAAAAUGCUGAAGGUGUUUAUCAUUGCCCAGUGCUGUUCAAGCAAUUUACAGACAAAUCACACAUUGUGGCCAUUAGAACGACAGGAAAUGUCUUCUCCUAUGAAGCAGUAGAGCAACUGAAUUUAAAACCAAAGAACUGGAAGGAAUUGCUAACUGAUGAGCCUUUUACUCGUCAAGAUAUUAUUACACUUCAAGAUCCAUCCCAUCUGGAAAAAUUCAACAUUGCAAAUUUCCAUCAUGUAAAAAAUGAUCAGAAGAUAGAAAAUGAAGAACUAAUACGGGCAAAAACCGACCCUGCUGCCCGCCUCAAAUACAUUAACGCUGAAACGAAGGGAGUUCUAGAGCAACUAGAAAAAGACUAUAUAGCCCCGGAAGAGACAGUAGUCGUAAAAAAAAAGGCUGAUUCCAUUAAUGCGGCACACUAUUCCACUGGUGCCGUGGCUGCCGGUUUUACAUCUACGGUCAUGAUGCCAGAAACGACUCACGAACCAGCAAUUCUUGAUGAAAAUAUUGUUCGAUAUCAACGCAUUAAGAAAAAAGGUUAUGUUAGGUUGGUCACCAAUCUUGGACCCGUUAACCUGGAAUUGCAUUGUGACAUGGUUCCAAAAACCUGUGAAAAUUUCAUCAACUUGUGCAAAAAAGGCUACUACAAUAAUACCAAGUUCCAUAGAUCGAUCAAACAUUUUAUGAUUCAAGGUGGUGAUCCCACUGGUACCGGUACUGGUGGCGAGUCUUGUUGGGGAGGAUCAUUUGAAGACGAAUUCAAGCCGAACCUGUCUCAUACCGGUCGAGGUAUUUUAUCCAUGGCCAAUUCAGGAACCAACACCAAUAAAUCUCAGUUUUUUAUCACGUAUCGCUCGUGCAAACAUCUGGACGGUAAGCACACCAUAUUCGGCCGUGUUGUAGGUGGAAUGGAAACAUUAGCUGCUAUGGAACGAAUUGGCACGGACAACAAAGACCGCCCCGUAGAAGAAAUUUUAAUAGAAUCUGCCCAGAUAUUUACAGAUCCAUACGUUGAAAUAGACGAACAGUUGGUAGUUGAAAGGGCAGCAGCACUAGAAGCAGCUGAAAAGCAGUUAAAGGAAGCUAAGGCUUCUAUUCCUAAAGCCGAAUUAAAGGCUUUCAAACAAUCUGGUGUUGGAAAAUAUAUAAAUCCUAAAGUGUUCAACAAGCCCGGCGAUGCGGCUGGAACAGAAUCCAGUAACAGUUCUCAACCGAAAAAAGCUAAAACAUCCGCUAGCUAUUCAUUCGGAAAUUUCAGCAGUUGGUAAUCUUCAGGGGAGCUUGAUAGUUCUAUUGCUGACUGCACAUGUAUUUUUCUUUUUUUCAAAUAAACGCUGUUUCAAACACA